AUGGCGGCGUCUCAGCCUGAGCAGCAGCCAGCGCAGGCGGACGCACACGACAGAGGCGCGCUGGCCACUACCCCGCACCGCAAUGACAACACCGCGACCACCAAGCCCAAGACCAAGAAGCACGAGAAGGAGCUCUAUCCCAUGGUCAACUGGAAGUACGACCUCUUCCUCUACAUCAUCGGCAACCUCGUUGACACCUUCUUCCGCGAGGUCGUCCCCCGCGGCUCCUGGCGCGUGCCCCAGUCCGGCCCCGUCCUCUUCGUCGCCGCCCCCCACGCCAACCAAUUCGUCGACGCCCUCCUGCUCCAGCGUGUCCUGCGCCAGGAGGCCAACCGCCGCGUUUCUCUCCUUAUCGCCCAAAAGUCCGUUCAUGGCUUCAUCGGCUGGGGCUCGCGCCAGGUCGGCGCCGUCCCCGUCGGUCGCGCCCAGGACGCCGCCAAGCCCGCCACCGGCCGCAUCUACCUUCCCGACCCCAUCAACGACCCGACUCUUGUCCGCGGCGUCGGCACUAAGUUUGGCCAGGGCGAGGGUGAGGUCCAGGGCAUGCUCUUCCUGCCCUCGGGCAAGAAGACCACGGGCGCCAACGUCGACAUUGCUCAGAUCCUGAGCCCUGAGGAGGUCCGCAUCAAGCGCCCCUUCAAGGGCAAGCUGGCCAUGGAGCAGCUGACGGGGCGCGACGACGUCGACGAGGACGGCAACUUUACCGACAAGAGCCGCAAGGGCUGCGCCGACGGCUUCGAGGGCACAAAGUUCAAGCUGGCCCCGCACACGGACCAGACAAAGGUCUACGAGGCCGUCUUUGCGCGCCUCCGCAGCGGCGGCUGCGUGGGCAUCUUCCCCGAGGGCGGCAGCCACGAUCGCACCGAGCUACUGCCCCUCAAGGCCGGCGUCGCCAUCAUGGCCCUCGGCACCCUCGCCGAGUCCCCCGACUGCGGCCUCAAGAUUGUGCCCGUCGGCAUGAACUACUUCCACGCGCACAAGUUCCGCUCGCGCGCCGUGAUUGAGUUUGGCACCCCUGUCGAGAUCCCCAAGUACGUCGUCGACCAGUACCGCAACAACAGCCGCCGCGAGGCCAUUGGCCAGGUCCUCGACACCGUCUACCAGGCCCUCAACUCGGUCACCGUCUCGGCGCCCGACUACGACACGCUCAUGAUGAUCCAGGCCGCGCGCCGUCUCUACAACCCGACGGGCAAGAAGCUGCCGCUGCCCGUCGUCAUCGAGAUGAACAGGCGCCUCUGCAAGGGCUACGAGAAGUACAAGGACGACCCCCGCAUCGCCAAGCUCUCCAAGGACGUCAAGACCUACAACCAGCAGCUGCGCUACCUCAACCUCAAGGACCACCAGGUCCAGUACGCCCGCAUGUCCAUUUUCAAGGUCAUCUUCCUCACCGUCUACCGCUCCAUCAAGCUGCUCCUCCUCUUCCUCGCCACCGUCCCCGGCCUGACGCUCUUCGCGCCCGUCUUCAUCGCCACCAAGAUCAUCAGCCGCCAAAAGGCCAAGACCGCCCUGGCCGGCUCCACCGUCAAGAUCCAGGGGCGCGAUGUCAUGGCCACGUGGAAGAUCCUCGUCGCCCUCGGCUUCGCGCCCACGCUCUACCACUUCUACUCCACCCUCAUCGUCGCCAAGGUCUGGCACGACCGCCUCUGGGGCCACGUCCCGGGCUGGGUGCCCCUCUGGCUCGUCUACUGCCUCGUCUGGCCCGCCAUGGUCGGCAUCACCUUUGCCGCCCUGCGCUUCGGCGAGGUCGGCAUGGACAUUUUCAAGUCGCUGCGGCCCCUCCUCCUCUGUCUCUCGCCCAUGUCCGGCUACAACAUUCACCGCCUACGGAAUCGCCGCGCCGAGCUGAGCUCCGAGGUCACGGAGCUCAUCAACACCCUCGGCCCGGAGAUGUUCCCCGACUUUGACAAGACGCGUCUCGUCCCCGGACCCCUCAAGGUGGAGGAAGGCGGCGCGCCGGCCAGCAGCAGCAGCAGCGGUCACCGCCGGCAGGACAGCGACCAGUCCAGCCAGGGCGGCUUCGAGGUCGAGACGCCUCCCGCGCUGUCCCGACGCGCCACCACACAGUCCAGCCGCCAACUGCCCCGGCACGACUCGUUCAGCAACAUUGGCCACGUGGGCAUCUUCUCCACGCGGCCGCCGUCGCGGUCCCGCAGCCGCUCGCGCUCCAGCAGCAGCGGGGGCGGCUUUGGCUCGAGUGGCUUCCCCAUUACGGGUUUUACGAGCCUGGAUUCUAAAGAGGGCUUUGACGAGGCGAGUCGCAAGAUUCGCGCGGCCAUGAAGGAUAGGCGGCGGCGGUCUGACAAGGUUCACAAGAUGGAGACGGGGCCUGAGGAUGAUGAUGAGGGUGGGGACAGUGAGGAGGAGGGCUACGAUGAGGCGCGCAAGAAGAAUAUGUAA